AAAAAAACCCCUUUCUCGGUCAAAACCCUUCGGUACCUCGAAACAACAGCACAGACCAGGAGUAGGCUAAUAGCAGCUCUACACGAAGCCAACAAUGGCGUCCUCUAAGGUGAUUUCAAGGUUGUCGUCGAGAUUACAGCCCCUUGCUCUCAAACUCGGUAAGAGAUCGCUCGCACCUGAACUCUCUCCUCUCAAUACCUGCUCUCAGUCGCACACCUCUGUUUCUGCGAGACGCAUUUCUCGCAUUUCUCGAUUGCCGGUGGAGUUAAGCAGCCUGGAGACAAUCAUGCCAUUGCACAGCGCGAUAGCGUCAGCUCGACUGACAUCUAGCUUGUCUGUUGAAUCAAAGAGCUGGAGUUUAGUUCCUCAAGGGAUAUCAAUGCCUUUAUGACCGUUGCAGCACCAACUUCUUACAAGGCAGCGGUUUCUAUUUGAUGGCAAUUUCAUUUUUGUUCUUCUUUAGAGGCCUGUCUCAAAACUGUUCUUCUGCUAUUUAUAAAGAGCAUUGGCUUCAAUGGAUGUCAGUUGAUGCUUAGACUGCUCCCCUUCAAGUUGAUCUUUUCUUUGGAUAUAGUUUCUGGAACGUUCAUUUCCAGGUUCUUGGCUGAGCUUUUGAUAACCUUAAUGAAGUAUGCAUUGUUCUGUAUGUUAA